AGAAAAAUGGCUCCUGGGAACGAGUCCACGGUGAGUGAGUUCCUCCUGGCUGGGCUGACACAGCAGCCAGAGCUCCAGCUGCCCCUCUUCCUCCUCUUCCUGGCCAUCUACCUGCUCACGGCGCUGGGCAACCUGGGCAUGGUCACACUCAUCGGCCUCAGCUCCCACCUGCACACACCCAUGUACUAUUUCCUCUGCAGCCUGUCCCUCAUUGAUCUCUGCCAGUCCACUGUCAUCAUCCCCAAGAUGCUGGUGAGCUUUGUGGCAGACAAGAACAUCACCUCCUACCCUGAGUGCAUGACUCAGCUCUACUGCUUCAUUGUUUUGGCUAUAGCAGAGUGUUACAUGUUGGCUGUCAUGGCCUAUGACCGAUACAUCGCCAUUUGCCAGCCCCUGCUUUACAAUGUCAUCAUGUCUCCUCACGUCUGUGCCCUGCUCUCAGUGGCAGUGUAUAUCUGGGGCAUCACUGGGUCUACAAUCCAUACAGGCUUAAUACUGAGACUUCAUUUCUGUAAGACCAAUGUGAUUAACCAUUAUUUCUGUGAUGUAAUUCCAGUUCUGGAGCUUUCCUGCUCUAGCACCUACAUAAAUGAGGUAUUCAUUUUACUCUUGAGUACAAUUAACCUUCUGUUUCCUUCAUUAAUUAUCCUUGGUUCUUACAUAUUUAUCCUCUCCAGCAUCCUCCGCAUCAGCUCCACUGAAGGCAGGCCCAAAGCCUUCAGCACCUGCAGCUCCCACAUCUCAGCUGUUGCUCUUUUCUUUGGCUCCUUGGCCUUCAUGUACCUUCAACCAUCAUCUGUGAACACCAUGGGCCAAGGGAAAGUGUCCUCUGUGUUUUACACCACUGUUGUGCCCUUGCUGAACCCCCUCAUCUACAGUCUCCGGAACACAGAUGUCAAAAUUGCUCUUAGGAAAAUUCUCAAAGAAAUAAGUUUCCUACAUUUAAAUGUAUAA